AUUAGAGACGUUUUUUUGUUGUUAGUUUUUUUCACAGUGUGGGUACAAAAUGAAGGAGUACAGCAAUUUCUACUCUAGAGUAAGCAACUGGUUAUGAACGUUUGGCGGUUUCAGACGGACUUUAAUAUAACUAUAGCAAAAUACUUCAAAGAAAAACUAACUGAAAUACCAUCAAAGUGAAUGGUGUGGACCGCUAAGAAAUAACGUGUUCCUGUCGGUUUAGGUUUGACUGUUUGAUUAACUGAGUAGUUCAUUUGUUUAAAUAUCGCUGAUACAUCAGCGCUGAAUCUCCCUGUGUGACAGCAGGGAGGAGGAGGAGGAGGAGGAAGAGGAGGAGGAAGAGGAUACAGACGGCAGAUGCCUUUGCAGUAAACGACCAGGGAGGAUGUCUGUCCGUGUCUGGGUGUUGUUGCGGGACUAAAUGCGGAUAUACUGAAGACAAAUCAGAAAAACAACUUUUAUGCUGUCCCGUGCCCGAAUGAAGCGCUUUUAAAAUAUACAAAUCUAUUUGAAAAGUGUAACGAUCUUAAUUCAGAGAGGACUUGGACUUCCUGUUGGGAUAAAAUACAAGCUUUUAGGAACCAUGGAAAGUGGAGAUUUCCUGUCCUCCGUGGAUCAGUUCAUGCUGAGCCCCCUUGUCACUUGGGUGAAGACAUUCAUUCCUGCUGAUGAGGGCAUCCACUUGGACUUUUCCAACCUUCUGGAUGGAGUGAUUUUGAACAAGAUAAUGGCUCAAAUAAAUCCUUCUGCUGCAGCUCAGUGUCCAAACAAAGUCUGCAGAGAUCCAGGUCAGAGGAUCCAGAACCUGAACUUUCUUGUCCAGCAAAUCAGAAGUUAUUAUCUGAAUAAUCUGAGACAAUUAAUCAUGAUUCCUUUGCCAGACGUGCUGUUGCUGGGCAGGACUCCCUAUUGUGAACAAAGUCUGGAAGAAAUGAAGAACCUUCUGCUCUUACUGAUGGGGUGUGCAGUUCAGUGUCAGAAAAAGGAGGAGUACAUUGAGAGGAUUCAGACGCUUGACUUUGGUACAAAAGCUGCUCUAGCUGGACACAUUCAGGAGCUGACCCACAGUCAGGAGAACGUGCUGGAUCUCCAGUGGCUGGGGUCCAGUGGCGUUCAUCCAGAGGAGAUGGAGACCGCUAUGAGGAACAUGGCAACACACCUCCAACACAUCCUGGACCAGAGGGACGCCCAUCUGGAGACAAUAGUGGAGCUGAUGCUGGAGAAGGAAGGAGCUGUCAGCUUUCUCAGCAGCCCAUCCAGUCCACAGCCUGCCAGCCAUUCUCCCAGCAUGCAGCAGCAGGCAGGGACCCAGCAACAUCUGGCUGUGGAGUUGGCUGAUUCUAAGGCAAAGAUCAGACGACUUAGACAGGAACUAGAGGAAAAGAGCGAACAGAUGCUCGACUGCAGACAUGAGCUGGAAAACGUGGAGACCGAACUAAAACGGAUUCAGCAGGAGAACUCCCAGCUGCAGGUGGAGGCGCGUGCUGCCCGUACCUACCGGGAUGAGCUCGACGCCCUGAGAGAGCGCGCCAUCAAGGCGGACAAGCUGGAGAGCGAAGUCGGGCGCUACAAGGAGCAGCUGCACAAGAUGGAGUUCUACAAAGCCAAAGUGGAGGAGCUAAAGGAGGACAACAGGGUCCUCCAAGAGACCAAGGAGGUGUUGGAGGACCAGCUGGAGGGCUGGAGGUCCCGAACAGAUAAAAUCCACCAGCUGGAGAAACACAACCUGCUGCUGAAGGCCUGUGUCCAUGACAUGGAGCAGGAGAAAGAAGCAGAUGCGAAGCGGAUGAAGGAGCUUCAGGAGGAGAACCUGGCUUUGUCUUUAGCACAGAGGAGGAGCAUGGAGGAGUCCCAACACCUGGGCUGGGAGCUGGAGCAGCUCUCCAAGUCUGCAGAAAACUCCCACGGGCCACAGACGCUGAGCGAAGAGGUCAGCGAGAAAACCCGGAGUCAAAUUUUAAAGCUGGAGAAGGAAAACCAAAGACUCCUGAGGACCAUCGAAGACCUGAGGGCUGCAGCUCAUAGCAGCUGCAAAAAAGCCAAACCCAGCCCCCAGUGGUUGGUGUGCAACACCAACCACUUUAUCUCAUCGGCAGAGCAAUCAGAGACAAACUCCUUCACAGAAGAUUCACACUGCCAGCAGCAACUCAUCACAGAAGAGCUGGAAGGAGUCCAAAGUCAGAUUCUUCUCACAGAUUAUCCAGACUGUCAGGCGCAGGAGAACAGAUGCCUACAGGAUCAAGACAAAGAAAUGGUGUCGGGUCUGGAAACCUUGGAAAAUAACCACAAUCAGUUCCAUUGCUGCGUCGGGUUAUGCAGUCACUCCCCAGGCUCACAGAGCAGAAGGCCACACCAUGAUAGCACUCACACAGGUGUGCCAACACGUUCCUCCUAUGCUAGCAGGCACACACAGCGGCUAGAGGUUAAAUGCAGGGGUCUGGACACGCUUAAUCAGCAGCUACAGACUUCUCUUUACAACACCGAACGUAAAGUUCAGCGUUUGGAGGCUGAGGUUCAGGAGCUGGAGGCAGAGAACCAGGCGCUGCAGGCAUCUCUUGAAGAACUUCGGAUCUCAGCGCGGCGUCUGGAGCAGCUUGAAACUGAGAAACAGAACCUGGAGCAUGAAAUCUCCACGCUGGAGAAAGACAAAAGGCAACUAGAGAAAGAAAACCGAAGACUCCGACAGCAGGCCGAAAUUCAGGAAGCCAACUUAGACAGCCGUAAUGUCUGCAUGGCAAGCUUGGAAAGAGAAAUGCGUCUGCUAGUGAAGGAGGCAGAGGGGUUAAGAGAAACAUCUGAGAGGGUCAAAAGCUUGGAGAGAGAUAACAGGGAGCUGAUCAAACAAGCUGCUAUUGACCAGAAGACCCUGGCAAUCCUCAGAGAGGAGUUGGUGAGUGAGAAGCUGAAAACUCAGCAGAGAGACAACGAGCUGGAGACGCUGUCCCACGAGCUGGAGAUAAAAGUCCUGAACCAGGAAAACGCACAGCUAGAAGCAGCAGACAGCAGGGUCAAGAUGCUAGAAUCCGAGCUGGAGUCGUCUCUGAAGAAGUCCCUACGGAUCAAAGAUGACAAGAUGGCGGCUCUGGAGGCUCGGCUGCAGGAAUCCUCCUUUCUAAACCAGCAGAUUCUGCAGGAGCUGAAGACUGUGAAGCUGAGCCACGAGGCCCUGCAGCAGUGGCAGGAAGAAGAGCGGACAGCGUCGGGUUCCAGCCCUCCAGCGCAGACCAACAAGGCCAUGACAGAGUGGCUGCGUGAGAGCCAGGAGGCGACCAGGGAGCUGCUGAGGCUCAAAGACCGUCUGAUUGAAGUGGAGAGAAAUAACGCCACUCUGGAGGCCGAACGCCUGGCAGCGCAGGUCCAAUUCAAACAGCUGGAGAGUCAGUCAGACAACCAGCAGGCUCAGAUCCUCGCCCUGCAGAGGCAGACCGCCUCGCUGCAGGAGAGCAAUACGGCCCUGCAGACACACAACGCUAACCUCCAGGUGGAGAAGUCGACACUAAAUUCCCAGAGUGCCUCCCUGAUGGCCCAGAACGCUCAUCUGCAGCAACAACGGUCUGGGACAGAAAGUGAGCGUGACAGCGCCGUACAGGAACGGGAAGAGCUGCGUGUCGCUCAUGAGCAGCUCCUGCGAGAUCACGAGCGACUGACGGUUCUGCACGAGCGACAAGCCAUGGAGUGUGAGGCUCUGAUGGGGAAGCAUGCCUGUCUGAAGAACGCCCACCGCACCCUGGAGCUGGAGCAUCGAACUUUACAGGACAGAUAUAACAACCUAAAGCAGCAGAGAACUAAGCUGGAAGAGCGGGAGAAAACCUUAAAGGAGGAGCAGAUGAGGAUUUCUCUGGAGAAGGAACAACAUGAGACAACAGCAGCCGAAUGUUGCAGGCUCCGCGACGAGAAGGACCGGCUCAACCGCACAUACCGGCUGCUUCUCAGCGACAACGAGGCGCUGACAGUGGACCACAAGCUGCUGAAGAGCCAGCUGAACGAGGCCAACCUGAAGUACACCUGGCUGGAGGCCGACUUCUCCAAACUGAAGAAGGAAGACCAGGAGCUGGACAUCAACUUCACAAAACUCACCAACCAGUGUGAGCUGCUGAGUCAGCUGAAAGGGAACCUUGAAGAAGAAAAUCGGCAUCUGAUCUGUCAAAUCGAGACCCUGAUGCUGCAGAACCGAAGCUUGCUGGAGCAGAAUAUGGAAAGCAAGGAUCUGUUUCAUGUUGAAGAGCGACAGUAUAUUGAUAAGCUCAAUGAUUUGAGAAGACAGAAGGAGAAGCUGGAGGAAAAGAUAAUGGACCAGUAUAAGUUUUACGACCCUUCCCCUCCUCGCAGGCGUGGCAACUGGAUAACUCUGAAGCUAAAGAAGCUGAUGAAGUCCAGCAGCCGUGAAAACGUCCCUGAAAGCACACACGCAUCUGAGGCUGACGCCCACCAGUAUGGCGGCUCCUUCAUCGGCUCCGAUGGAUCUGGAGGAUCGGCCUCCACCUCAGCGGGUGACUUCACCUCACAGCAACGUGGCAGCACCCCCGUGAAAAAGUUUUCCCGUUUGAGGAGCCGGCUGAAGGACAAAGACAAAGUCAAGUCCAUCUUCCGUCGUUCUUUGUCCUUGAGCAGCUUAUCCCAGCCAUCGACCUCAUUUGAGACAAAGCAGGAAACCGAUGUGGACGAAGGCCAAGAGGAUCUGCUGACCUCAUCUCUCAGUACCUCCGUAUUAUCCAUCCUCCAACAUCACCAGCAUCAUCCCACCAAUCUUCCAUCUGGCCAUUUCAGCAACAACACCCCUGUCACUGGCCCAAACAUUUCUGAGCUGUGGCUUACAGACAAAGAUUCGCAUGGCAGCACUGUGCCAUCUGGAUGUGAGGAGAGCGAAGGGCUGCAGAAUCAUGGGACCAAUGUGGUCCAGUGUCGAGCCCAGAGUGAGAGCAGCGGCGACUUGAGCCUGAGCCUGGAGAAUGAGCCUUGGUCAAACGGCAGCAGUCCUGUCCAGCAGCCCCCGUCACGUAACUCUUCGUGUUCCUACCAGCCGCCCAGUGACGCGUCCACCCCGCAGCCCCACUCAAAGCUUCAGCAAAGCAGGGAGAAAGCCGCCACGAUGCCGACUCCUAACAGUCUGAACGCAGAUGUGCUUCAAAGACAAAAAGAUCCAGUGCUGUCUCAGGACUUCUGGCUCACGAGAGGCACGAGAACCAUCCGAAGGGGGUCGAGGAAAAAAGUGUCUCGCCGCUCCUCGGACUCUGGCAGCGCAGGCAAAAGUAACUCAGAGCUCGACGGGAGAAGCUCAAAAGACGAAAAAGCUGAAGCCUUUGCUUGUUCACCGAUCACAGUGCUCUAUGUUCAGGGUAAAUCCUCCUCAAUGUCUGGCUGUCUGAACUGCUUCUCUACCCCUCUUGUGAAAGAGGCACAGCUGGAGGAGUUCAGGUCUCCUAAAAGUCUCCCUCGCGCCAGCAGCGUGAUUUCUUCAGCAGAGGGCUCAUCGCGACGCUCCAGUGUCACCAGCGACUGCAGGGGGACUGUCCAAACCGAGCAACAGGAGCAAGCACAAGAACAAAACUCUGACGUAAGAAACAGUGAGCCCGGGUCCGUUCCUCCAGCCAAACCUCCAAGAGAUCCAGCAGUUCUUGUUCCCACAAAACAUCACAAAUCCGUUUUGCAGGAGCCACCUCUUGGCUCGUCGUUCACCUUUAACUCGGUUUUCUCAGACACAAUCUUCAGUGAUUCUGAGAUCAUCACAACAAUCUUGGACACUACUGAUGUGAGCACAAAUUUCGCCGGUCCUAAUCCAUUGGCAGAGCAAAACUUUCCCCCCGAGAGAGAAGAAAACGCUGAGGAGACACCACAGACACUGCUUAGCUCUGAAAACGAGCAAAGUGAGACAGCAGAGGAAGCAGGAGGGCUCACAGUCAAGGACUGACGGCUUUCAAUCACAUUACAGCUGGUUCUUAUGGGUCCUUCAAAUACAUCAGUUUGAAUCAGAAUACACAGAAUUGGCUGUGAUACAAAUCUUCAGAAAGUGUCAAAGAAUUAAUAGUAUUUUUAUUUAUUUUUUUAUUUUUAAAUAUUUGUGUUUUUAGGACUUUUUAUUUUGUUGUUUAUAAGUAAAGGCCAGUGUCAAGCAUUCACUCACAGUAUAAUUUUGGGACAAUAAAGGGUUUAUUUUAUUUAUUUUCAUAUUGAAUCGAAAAUACUUGUUGAUGAUGUGCAAUAUUUUUCAGAUAGAGUUGAAUCAGUACAAGACAGAAUGUGAAGGUGUUGAUACAGCAUGAGGCUAUGAAUCUGUGACCAGGAGCCAAACAAAAUGUUACACUGUAGUUUCUGUUCAGUCAUUGUUUUAUGCCAAGUUAUUAUUAACUGUUCAUAAAAGUUUUUAUUAUUAUUAUUAUUAUUAUUAUUAUUAU